CAAAAGAGGCAGGCAUUACAGUGGCUAGUUAGCUAGCUGCAUACAUUAUAGCGGAGCGGUCGCGCACAGCACCCACUGUUCGUGCUGUAAACAAGACCCACGAAGGAGGGAGAUACUGAAGCUAGAUAGUUUUUAUUCUUCUUCUUUUCCCUGGAAGCAUUGGAUGAACACAUAGAGAGAAAAGAGCAAUUUUGCAGGAGGAGUGAAGCGGAGAGGGAAAAUAAUUACUCCUGCUGUGAAAGACCCCGCCAGCAAACCUCCAGUAUGUCGGAGAGAGGUGGGCUCCCGCGGGCUGGAGGUGCUCCGUCUCCGCACAUGCAGCCCUCCAAACCGGUCACGAUUGCGUCGAAUCGCCCGGUGCAGAUGAACCUGUAUGCGACGUGGGAGGUGGACCGCUCUUCGCCAAGCUGCGUGCCCAGGCUCUUUAAUUUGACCCUGAAGAAGCUGGUGAUGUUGAAGGAGCUGGAUAAGGACCUGACAUCAGUGGUCAUUGCAGUCAAGCUGCAGGGCUCCAAGCGAAUCUUGCGCUCCAAUGAGAUCCUGCUGUCCUCAGCUGGGCUGACAGAGACAGACCUGCAGCUCACCUUCUCUUUGCAGUACCCGCACUUUCUAAAGAGAGACGCCAACAAACUGCAGAUCAUGCUUCAACGGAGGAAAAGGUACAAGAACCGCACCAUCCUGGGCUACAAGACGCUGGCACUGGGCCUGAUCAACAUGGCAGAGGUGAUGCAGCACCCGAGCGAGGGGGCCCAGGUUCUGGGGCUUCACAGCAACGUGAAGGACGCCUCUGUCCCCGUGGCCGAGAUCCGGGUCUACUCCCUCUCCAGCCAGCCCAUCGACCACGAGGGGCCCAAGGCCAAACUGUCCGCAGAUCGCUCCCCAGAUAUUGAUAACUACUCUGAGGAAGAGGAGGAAAGCUACUCCUCUGAGCAGGAGGGCAGUGAUGACCCUGUGCACGGUCAGUAUCUGUUUGAUGAAGAGGAUGAAGUGAGGAAGAAGAAACCACGACGCAAACUCACCUCCACCUCUGCCUCCAUCGCCCGCGUUAAUCAACCCAACAUCAAGCAGAAGUUUGUGGCCUUGCUGAAAAGGUUUAAGGUUUCUGAUGAGGUGGGCUUUGGGUUGGAGCAUGUGUCCCGGGAGCAGAUCCAGGAUGUGGAGGAGGACCUGGACGAGCUGUACGACAGUCUGGAGAUGUACAACCCCAGCGACAGUGGCCCAGAGAUGGAGGAGACAGACAGCAUCCUCAGCACCCCCAAACCCAAACUCAAACCUUUCUUUGAGGGCGUGUCCCAGUCGAGCUCUCAGACGGAGUUCGGUAGCCUGAACAGCAAAGGGAGCCUGAGCCGAGACAACUUCAGCCCUCAGGGGGAGCAGCCCCCGCCAGAUAAAAUGAAGCGCUCACGCAGUCGCAACCUGGAGGACACCAUCUCUGAGACAGACACGCUGGAGCUGAAUGAGCCAGAGAUUCCUGCCGAUAUCGGACCCUGUAUCACUGUAUCAGUGGCAGAGAAACCCAGAACCCCCAUGAAGACCAGCAAGGCCGAGAGCCAGACCAUGCCCUCUCCGAGGUUGGAUGGGGCUCACACCCCCAGGCAGAAGCGGGGGACCCCCAUGAAGGAGAGGCAGCUGUCUAAGCCCCUGAGUGAGAGGACCAACAGCUCUGACAGCGAGCGGUCCCCUGAGCUCGGACACACCCCCCAGGUACCCAGGAAGGUGAUGUAUGACCAGCUGAACCAGGUGCUGGUGUCGGACGCAGCUCUGCCAGAGAGCCUGAUCCUGGUGAACAGCAGCGACUGGCAGGGCCAGUACGUGGCGGAGCAGCUGCAGGCACAGAAGCAGCCGGUGGUGUGCACCUGCUCUGUGGCGGAGAUCCAGGCCGCCCUGGGCGCUGUCCUCACGCGCAUACAGAAGUUCUGUAACUGCAACUCCUCCGUGCCCCGGCCGGUGAGGGUGACGGCGGUGGGGGGGCAGAGCUACCUGGGGGCCAUCCUGCGCUUCUUCGUCACUCAGCUGGCCAGCAAGACAUCCGACUGGCUGGGACACAUCCGCUUCCUGGUGGUGCCACUGGGUUCGCAUCCCGUGGCCAAGCACCUGGGCGCCUUGGACAGCCGCUACAGCUCCUCCUUCCUAGACAGCGCAUGGAGAGACCUGUUCAGCCGCUCGGAGCCCCCACAGAGUGAUGCUGUGGACGUUGCCGGCCGUAUCUCUCAGUACAUCAGUGGAGCGGCGGCAACCCACCAGCUGCCCAUAGCUGAGGCCAUGCUGACCUGCAGACAUCGGCUGCUGGAUGAGGACUCUUACCAGAAAUUUGUUCCUUUCAUUGGGGUAGUGAAGGUGGGGCUGAUCGAACCCAAUCUGGCUCCUGCAGGGGGCGACACUGAGGAGGGCAUGGCUGUGAGUUUGGCCGUCCCCUCCACGUCCCCGCCCUCUCACGGGUCUCCCACGGGCGGCGCCAAAGACGUGGUGGCGACCCCGCCCUCUUCUCCCUCCAUGAGCAGCGGAUUGGCUGUGCUGGGGAGCCCCAGUAUGUCCCACAGCGUGGACGCCAUCGGCCUGCAGGUGGAUUACUGGGUAGCGUCGGCGUCGGAGAAGCGGCGGGAGGGGGAGAGGCGCGACACCGGCUCCAAGAACACGCUAAAAAGCGCCUUCCGCUCGCUGCAGGUGAGCCGGCUGCCAGGAGGGGGCGCCAGCGACCCCCAGACCCAGGUCAACACCAUGGCCAUGACUGUGGUCACCAAGGAGAAGAACAAGAAAGUGCCCACCAUCUUCCUGGGGAAGAAGCCAAAGGAGAAGGAUGUGGACUCUAAGAGCCAGGUGAUCGAGGGCAUCACCAGGCUCAUCUGCUCCACUAAACAGCAGCAGACCAUCCUGAAAGUUUCCAUAGAUGGUGUGGAGUGGAAUGACGUCAAGUUCUUCCAGCUGGCUGCUCAGUGGCCCACCCACGUCAAGUACCUUCCUAUCGGAUUGUUUGGUUACAAUAAGACCUCCUCAUAGGACACGCCUCCACGCUGCUUUUCUGCACAGUUGAUGACCAGCCAUUGCACACCAUCCCUGCCACUCAGAGCUUCCUGGACACCAUGAUGGCCAAUCAGUACCCAGCAGAGGGGCGGGCCUCUCCAUAUUUUUUUUUUUGCUGAUUUAAGUGUAAGAUUUUGUGGGUUGUCUGUCUGUCUGGAGGAGAGAGGACUUUUACUGGAUAAAUGACACCAAUCAAUGUGGCCAGUGAGACCAGAUAUGGUCAGCAACAGAGGAGGGUGGUGAAAAGCACAAAGAGACACACGCUGAUGGCCAUCAACGCCACCAAAAAAGGAUACCAUGUGACUUGAUAUUUUGUUGAAACUGGUCUUCUCCUUGUCUGCUUAUCAUAAGGUAUUGGAGCUGUGGGGACUGAUAUCUAUUCAGUCCUCCAACAGUUCAAACUCUGCCCACUUGAGAGGAAGGUAGAGGUGUGUGGGAAAGUCAGAGGAGGGAAAGGAGCAGAAGGAAGAGGUGGAUAGAAAGGGGAAGUGUCUGUGUGGAGAGCUGAGACAAUCUCAGAGACGCAACUCUAAAAACUCUGGCAUGCACCCAGGGGUCAGAGGUCAAAUGAACAGAUGGGGGAUCUUUUCUGCUGAGUGGAGACUCCACACCAGGUCUUGACACCCACAGUUUUGCUUUGUUAUGAACACUUCCUUGUAACAUUUCUGCCAAGCUGACGCUCAAUCAGCCAGUCAGACUGUUUCAGAUGACGCUGUAAGCAGAAGACCUGUCAACAAGCACUUUACACAUCGCGUUUCAAACACACGGAGUGAGGCAGAGUGGAUAUAACCCAAAGGAGUGGGAGAGGCCCUGCUGGAACAGCGUGCAUUUAAAUAGAGUGUAAUAAUCGAGAGAGCGUUUGCUCUUCCGAGCAUGAAAAACCACUAAUUAAACCUGAAAUGUUAGUGAGGAAAAAAUGGCACUGCCCCCCUAGUUGAAACCAGAGGUAAAGCCCCUAAGAGCAGGGGCUGGAUUAGAUGUGAGAUUUUACCACCACAAAAACAUUAGGGCCACAGUGAAGUGAGCUGAAUGGGGUUGCUUUUAGCAGUAGCCUUUUGCUUUUCCUCUCUCCUGUUCUUUAGUUGAGUGUCUGGCUGUUUGUGCUUGGAGGGAGUUUGUCUCUCCUGUGCAUUUAAUCUUCCCGGUUUCCAGUGUUUAUCUGAAGCACAGUCCCUUCAGCUCCGGCUCUCCCGUGUGGCUCUGGUGUGUCUGACAUGGGCAUUCGAACGAUGUGCGAGUCAAUGCUUCCGUUUGGGCCCGUCACCGGAGGGCUUUUUCAACAGGCGUUCAGCAUCUAGUAAUGAAUGCAUCAGUGUUCUUGUAAUGUCAUUGUUCAAGUGCAAAAAAAAAAAAACCAAGCAGUAUGAAACCAUUGUGCCAUGUGAUGCACUUACACCAGAGAACAGCGAUUUAUGUGUCAGUUAAGUCUCGUAAAUCCUGUCCUGUGAACCCCUUUCAGAUGCUUCCAGGUUUGCUGAAUUAGCAUGUGAUGGCUUGUAUUAUAAUAUUAUCACGCGUUUGCUGUGUCUCUCCCUGGGUGAGAUGAGUCUGUGAAAGUGUUAUUAAAACGCCUGCUCAGUUGUGGUGCAGGGAUCUCUGGAGCUGCUGCAGGUGUGACUGUGGCAGCAGUCAGAUCAGAGGACGGUCACAGAAAUCACCCCCAUCUCAUCCACAGAGGCACCGCUUCACCCCCAUCUCCUCCACAGAGGCUCCGCUUCACCCCCAUCUCCUUCACAGAGGCUCCGCUUCACCCCCAUCUCCUCCACAGAGGCUCCGCUUCAUCCACUUUCUCCUGUCAAGUUGGAAAUGAGCCUUAAAACUCCUUGGAAGAUGAGGACCAGGACAUGCAACUUUACUCGACAUGCAGUAAUCAGUCAGUAAUGUGAGUGGAAGGGGUUUUAGCAAGCUGGCCAGAGGGGGGCGCUCCAUCACAGUUUGAUCCUCUACCAGCUGUGCCUCCAGGC